AUGGUCAAACUAACCCAGCACACUUUGAUAAUGCUUAGCCAAGAAAGAGUCAUUAGUUCACUCAACUAUCCAAAACACACCAAAAUUAAGCAUUACCAGGAUUAUCCUUUUCUUCUCUGCGGCCUGGGCACUGCAUUAUGGGGUUUGUGUUGGGAUUCUGUGAAUUUCAGCAUUCUGAAGAAAACCACACCCGACUCCCCCCCCCCCCCCCCCCCCCCCGUGCCAUUCAGUUUCCUCAGAGAGAAGGUCUGGAUUCGGCCAGAGGACCAGCCCAUUUACUUGACGUUCACCAACUCUGAAGUGGAGCAGAUCUUCCGAGAAAAUAUUCACCUCAAUAAUCAUGUAAAGGAGACAACGAGAGGACCAAGGUACUGUCCCUCUAUUGAGUCAAAGGUCUUGCGCUUUCCAAAUCGGGUGCAUCAGAUUUGAUUAGAACCUGAAGGUCUAGAUUCUGAUCUCAUCGACCCUCAAGGGUUAUCAGUGACACUUCCAGCCGAGCUCCAGGAACAACUGAUCACUCGUGUCAAGGGCUUGGAGAAAGCCAAGAUGGUGCAGCCAGGUUACGGAGUACAGUAUGAUUUCCUGGAUCCCCAUCAGAUCACUCCUUCCCUGGAGACCAAAUUGAUUCAGCGGCUCUUCUUUGCUGGACAGAUCAAUGGUACUACCGGUUAUGAAGAAGCUGCAGCUCAAGGAGUGGUAGCCGGGAUCAACGCUAGCCUGAAAGUCUCUGGCAAACCUCCGUUUAUCAACAGCCGCAUGGAAGGCUACAUUGGGGUCUUAAUUGACGAUCUUACCACUCUGGGCACCAGUGAACCCUAUCGGAUGUUCACCAGUCGGGUGGAGUUUCGUCUGUCUCUGCGACCUGAUAAUGCCGACAGCAGGCUUACAUUUCGAGGCUAUGAGGAAGCUGGCUGUGUGUCCCGACAGAGGUAUGAACGAGCCUCUCUGGUGAAGGCUUCUUUAGAGGAAGGAAUUUCCAUCCUGAAAUCUCUCCAGUUCUCCAGCACAAAAUGGAGUAGACUCAUCCCAGAGCUUCCCAUCAGCCUCAGUAAAAGAGUCUCUUGCAGCGCUCUGGACAUACUAAUGUACGAAGAGGUCGACCUGGAGAAACUAGCAAAAGUGAUUCCGGAUCCCUUAAAGAAGUUUGUUGAAAGUAGAGAACUAACAGAGAGACUAAAAAUAGAAGCCAUAUAUGAAAUGAUGAUAUCUCUUCAGCAGCAAGCUCUCCUUAGAGCCUCUGAAGUUCAAACAGUUGCAAAAAGGAGUGAAGCGGAGUUAUUGGAACAUAUAAUUUGCUACCCGAGUAGCUUAUUGAAUGACUAUAGGACUCUUAUCGCUUGUAUGGCACAGCAAAGGGCCAAACUUCUAUGUGCCUGCCCGAUAUUUCGUAUAAAAUCUGACAAACCAAAAAAGGCCAAAAAAGGAUCUCACCCAAAAGAACUCCUCUGUCAAGGAAUACCAAUCGCAAGCCGAGUCUUGCAGUAUGAAUCACGUACUCAUAAAGAGGACAUUUUAAGGAGAAGACGAUAUCACUUCAACAAUUUCCUCAGCACAUCGUCCACCAUUGAAAAUGACGCUUUACAACGAAAAAUUUGUCUGCCAACAGAGUUUCCGAAUCACCAAAAUGGACUAGGUUCCAGUGUCUUCAUCUGUGCUGGUGCUGAUAUGACUUAUGGAAAACUGACUCAACAAGAGAAAGCUAUCAUAGCUGCAGCAAAACAAAACCCCCUUAAGAUAUUGGGUCUUCUUCAAAGUACUUCUCAGUUGAUCUCCAUCAUAAAGUCUGAAUGA